AUGACGGCUCUAACUGGCUUCUUCUCACAACAGCUUCUGCUGUUCGAAGACUGUGCGCAGCGCACUGAUACGGCAAUCGUACGUCUGGCAAGGACAAACAACUACACUGCCGCAGGGGGGAUUCUAGGGCCGGGAACCGGAGGAAAUUGGAUGUUGUGGGCAGAAUAUGCACCAAUGGUGGCUGCUACGACUGUUGGUCUUAUCCAGCCCAUAGAAGACUUUACCAACGUCUUCGCCCGUGGAUGCGACAGUGGUAACUGCACAUUUCCGUCCAGUGACGGAGCAUCGUUCUCAACAGUAGCAAUAAGCCACAUAUGCGAAGAUAUCAGCGGACUCAUUCGGCAGUACACUAACUACUCACAUACAAGCACGGUGCUGACAACACCUGAGGGAGCACCAACCCGUCUUAAUUACUCGGACCAUCGUAAUUACUCAGACUUCUCCGUCAUGACAACAUCAACUCACGCCACUAAAUAUCGUGGCCACGACCUUUUCCCGUUGCACACCAUCACUUUACUAUUCAGAGAACGUUUUGCCUCAAACGAUUCCAGGGCUGUCAACUGUACCCUUUUUCCCACGGUUAACACGUACAGCGUCAAAGUUGCAAAUACGCGCCUGGAAGAGACGUUGUUGGAAAGUAUUCCGCUUGACUUCGACUAUCCUGAUAUAACUACGAAUUUAGCUGGUGGUGAAGAAGAGGGACUAGAAUGGCGACCUAAUUUGUUUGCGUUGGCAACUGACUACACCAUGCGAGAUGGCAUCAAGGAGCCGUGUGCUGGCUCCGCGGAUCCCGCACCCGAACUUGUCAAGCACUACAAAGUCAAGACAGAAGAGUGGGACGAAGAGGGAAAAAUCCACAGAACAAGCACACAGUGGUAUUACCCCAAAGACUGCCUGUGGACCAUGAGCCAACCGGCGGCUUGGGGAUUGCGAAGGCACUUUGACACUAUGUUCCACGAGCAGAUUCUCAAGUCUAAUGGACUUUCGCUUAUUGAGGGAAACGCAUACUUGCGCGCAUUGUGGCGACAGGACCCGGAGGGGAGAGAGAACAUGACGGGUCCGCCAAUAAAGGGUCAGACGUCCAUUGCAUCUAUAGACGAAUCUUUCAGAAACAUGACGCGCGCCAUGACGGCUUUCAUACGGACCCACGGCGCAGAAGGAGAAGAGGGAUGGGCGAGAGGCUACAUGUGGGCAAACACGACUUGUGUGUACGUGAGAUGGGAGUGGAUCGCAUUCCCCGUCGUUAUGAUCGCCCUCACAGGACUGUUUUUACUGCUUGUCAUCAUCGACAACUGGAAGGUUGAGAGUGAUAGACUGUGGAAGAGCUCGGUACUUGCGACACUGUUCUGCGAGGUGGACGUAGAGCGCGAUCGGCCGAAAGGAAAGGAAGAGAUGAGUGAGAUCGCGAAGAGCACGGGUGUUAGUCUUGAGGGGAAGAGUGGGAGACUGAGAAUGGUGGUGCGGGAGUAG